CAAUAGCUGCAAGUUUUUCAAACUUUUGCGAUAGAUGAUAUUUACUUUUUAUUAAAUUGAUAAGACUUAGGUAGCUCCCAAAGAAACAUCAAUUCUAUUUCUAAGAGAUAAAUCAGAAGUGAUAAGCUACUGUAUAAAAUGGAGUACACAAAUAAGAACUUUCCGGUACUAAAAAAUACGAGACUGCUGGAUGCCGCAUUGGGUAGAGAAGUGGAUAAAGUGCCGGUAUGGGUUAUGCGUCAGGCAGGGAGAUAUUUACCAGAAUUUCAAGAAGUUCGCGCAAAACACGAUUUUUUUACAGUUUGUCGAACACCGGAGCUAGCUUGUGAAGUGACCUUGCAGCCGUUAAGGCGAUACGAUCAUUUAGAUGCAUCCAUCAUAUUCAGUGAUAUUCUUGUUAUUCCGCAAGCUCUUGGAAUGAUAGUGGAGAUGCAUCCUGGAAAGGGGCCUGUCUUUCCAAAACCACUAGUUGAUCCUUCUGAAAUAGACCAGCUUCAAGAAGAUGGUGCUGUUUCUAGACUAACAUACGUUGGUCAAGCUAUUACUCUAACCAGGCACAAGAUUGAAGGAAAAGUGCCGUUAAUUGGAUUCACAGGUGCACCUUUCACCCUGAUGGGAUAUAUGAUAGAAGGUGGUGGAAGCCAAACUAUGUCUAAAACAAAGGAAUGGUUAGAAAAAUAUCCUAAGGAUGUCCACAGACUUCUAAGUCUGCUCACAAGAGUCAUAAUUGAUUAUCUUGUAAUGCAGGUUGAAAGUGGUGCUCAACUAUUGCAAGUAUUUGAAUCUAGCGCUGAUCAUCUCACAAGGGAGCAAUUUGCUGAAAUAUCAGCACCAUAUCUAAAGGACAUUAGAUCUGGAGUACAAAAGAAACUGCAAGAUAGAAAUUUGGAACAGGUUCCAAUGACCGUUUUUGCAAAAGGAGGAGGUCAUUCUUUAGAUGUCCAAGCAAAAAUGGGCUACGAAACAAUUGGUUUGGAUUGGACAGUAGAUCCUGUUGAAGCAAGAAAAGUUGUUGGUGAAAAUAUUACUUUACAGGGAAAUUUGGAUCCACAAGAUUUAUAUAAAACACCAGAUGAAAUAAGAAAACUAACAGUGGAUAUGGUCAAAAAGUUUGGUAAAAAUAGAUACAUUGCUAACUUGGGCCAUGGUAUUACACCACAGACACCACUCGAAAGCAUGACAGCUUUUACAGAGGCAGUCCAUGAAGCAUUAUAAAUUGCUCAUUCUAUCAGCAACAUCUAUGAACAAAUUGUUUAUUAUAAAAAUGUAUAGUAUAAUAUAAUUAUAUUGUUUAAUUUGUUUUAUAUUA